AUGCCAAUUAUAUCAAUUGGAAGGCAAAAGAAUAAUUAUAAAGUAAUAAUACGAUCAUUAAGAUUUAAAUUAUGGGGAAAUAAUCGAAUGAUUAUCAUCGAUGACCUAGAGAUUAAACGAUACUCAAAGACAACCAAAACACCUUCAAAAAGAAAACAACAACAUCAUCCGGACACGGCAAACUCCAAUUCAUUUGUAAACAUAUUUCCCGUGAAAAGAAUACCUAGAACAAUUGUCAGCAUACUUAUUCGACAUAUACCUUCAAUUGAUAUCGAAUUCAGACAUGUACUUUUCUUAUCUACAAAUGAUCAUAGUACAAGAAUAGAAUAUAUGAGAUUCAACCUUGAAUCCAGAUAUAGUAAAAGAUUCAAUGAUGAAGUGAAAUAUAAAAUGUCAGUUUCUAUUAAUGAUCUACUACAUGAAACUAACACCAAUAAUGGGAUUAUAAUCCAACCAUUUUCUUUGGCCGGAUUCAGAGUCGAAUUUAAAUUCCUGGUGAAUUUCUAUUCUGGUGUAAUGGAUAAAUUGACCCUGAAGAUGAAUAUAAGUGAAAGUGAUAUCCUGAUAUUUAACGCAAUGAAAUAUUACAUCUUUGCCGAAUGUGAUGAAGAGAAAGAAAGAGUUGAAGCCACAAUUACAAAACCUAAUGAAGAAUUCAAAGGAGAAGCUACUAGAUCAGUACCGCCAAUUGAAAGAUAUUAUAGAACAGUGUAUUCAUUAGUCUCAGAUAUCACAGUACAUCUUGAAAAUUGCAAGAUUUCUGAAAUUCCUAUUGCAACCAUUGAUCACAAUAUUGACAUGAAAGAAUAUUUCAGUGCCACCAAACCACAAACCUAUCUUGAAGUUACUACAAAGUCAGUAUCGUUUAAUUUUGCAAGAUUAUAUAAAGAAGCAGCGGGAUUUGAAGUCUUAUUUGACCCUGAAAAGGAUAAACCAUUUCAUUUGACUUGCUCAGUUCAAUUACUUAAGGUUUCCUUUGCACAAAUGAUCCAACGAGAAAAUGGAACCAAUUCGAAAAGCAUGGAUGAGAUUUUAAAUAUACCAAACUUUGCAUUGACUUACAAAACAAAUGUCUUAGAUCAAUUAGUAAAGGCAAAAGGGUUUAAAAAUUGUAUAAUUGAAGUUUAUUUUUCAGCAAGUACUCCAAUUCUUGAUAUGAACACUAGACAAUUAAGUGCUGUCCUUUAUAACAUUGUAUUAAUUCAGAAAUAUUCAAAACUAAAGAGGAUAAGACGAGCAUUAGCAGAUUGGGCUAUUGAAAAGGAACAGCAACAUGUGGAAUCAGACGAUGGUAUAGAUGAAGAUACUCCCCAGGAACUUGAUAUAUCAUUCAGACAAAUGACAGCCAAACAUGAAUCAUUAAAAGCGAGAAUAUGGCGACAUGUGAAUGAAAUUUAUCCGCAUUUAGAUAUGAAAGUAGUUAUUGAACAACCGAGGUUGGUUCUUCGUCAUUAUGAACAAAGCAAGAAUACCCAAAUCUUAACAUUUUCUUAUUCAUUGUUCAAUUUUAGUUUAUCAACCACAGAAUCAAGAGAUUAUCAAUCAAGUUGUCAAAUAUUAUAUCCAAAACUCAUCUAUCAAGAGAAGUCCUGCAUUUCUUCCCAUGAAGACAAUAAUGAAAUUAUUAGAAAACAAGUAAGUGGAUUAAGUUAUUUUGAUUUAAAAUUUAAUCUUUAUAAGAACUUGAAAUUGAGAUGUUCAAUGGAUCUUAGUGAUUUAGCAUUUGAUUUGACAAAUAUUGAUAUUUUUAAUGGGAUUAAUUCUUUGUUGUUGGAUAUAACUAAAAUUGCCGAGACUGAUCUUCAGAUUGGUGUUAUAAAUGUUGCAUUUAAUGAAGAAUUAGCUAGACUUCGAACAAGAUUAUUGAAUAGAAAUGAUAUUUAUGAUGCUGAUUUUCUGCCCGCUAUUAAGAAAUCAUUAGAAGAUUCAUUAUUUAGAUAUUUACCAAGAUGGCUCAUAGAUAUGGAAUUCAAAUUAUCGAGAUUGAAUAUAUUAUUAGGAUCUAGAUCAGUAUUAAUUCCCAAGGAACAAUUAUCAAGAAUGAAAGGAGAAGAUUUCACUUCAGAUUUCAAUCAUGAACAUGAAUUACGGGCCUCAAAUUUAAAAAUUGAGACACUUGAUAUCAAGCUUGUGAAUAAUAGAAUACAUCGGAAUGACUAUGUUUCAAUUGAGACUGCACCAUUUAUAUCGUCAUCACUGGAAACUUUGGCUUCAUUGGAAGAUGAUAUAUCCUAUUGGACAAUGACCUCGAAUAUUGAACAAUUGGCGGUGGAGACAAGAAGUAAUUUGGAAUUAAAGCUAUCAUCAUCUUCCUCAUUUGAGAAUUUAUUAACCAUACCUUCAUUUAAAGCAACUGUGUCAGCCAUAUGUGAUAGUAAUCUCGAGAAUAAAUUAGUGGUUGAUUUUGAUUGUGGGAAAAUUAAAUUUGAAUAUGAUAAAUAUAAGAUAUUCACCUUGAUUGGAUCAAUUUAUUUAAUUGAUGAAUAUAUCGUGGGGCCACUUCAAUUUGUUCGUAAGAAGAUGAAGAGAGAAAUGGUCAAGUUUAACAAUCCGUUAUUUUCACCUCGAGAACAAGAAAGUAAAAGAACAAUAUUGGAUUAUUUAAUAAUGGAUAUGAAAUUGGAAGGAAUAGAUAUGUUGUUACAUUUAGGAAGUGAUUUCAAUCUGAAAUUUGAAUUUAUGAAAGUUAUGGCCAAUAUCAAUGAAAAACAAUUUAGUUUAUCUGUAGGUCUUCUGAGACUUUUGGCUGAUUCUCCAACAGUUGUGAAAAUGUGGUGUCGUAUACUUUGUUUAGAUAAUUUGGCAGUAUCUUUCCGGUUACCUCAUUUAUUACGUGAUUUAAAGAUUGAUAUAACUACUGAAGCAAUUCGACUUUUCCAACCCCAUGAUUUUGUGGUUUAUAAAUUAUUUGAUCAUAUUUCAGUUGCUUGGAAACUUAAUAAGCAUUUAUUUAAACAAUUAAAGAAUCAAGACCCAACCAAAUCAGAUCUGAAAGUCGUACAUCCAAAACUCCAGAAUGCGGUCCGACUUCCUCUUAUUAAAGUUAGAUCCAAAUAUCUCAAGUUUAUGAUGGAAGAUGAUCCUUUUGAAGCGGAAUUAGGAAUGAUUUAUCAAUUGGGAAGAGUUGAACAACGGAAAAGAAUGGAAUUGUAUUCUUUGUUUGAAACUAAAGCCGAUGAGGAAGAUUAUAAUGGUGAUGCAUAUUUUGAUAAACUCCAUAGGUUGAAUACGACGAUUUCUUCAUCUUGGAUUAGGAAAGUGAAAGUUUACAAAGCGAAAUUGAAAGAUGAAAUAAUAGAUAAUAGGAAAUAUUUGUUUGGAUGUGAAGCAGGGAAUGUUGAUGAGAGGUUAAAUGAAGAUGUUGUACCGUAUUCUUGCAAUGCUCCCUUGUUUAGUAUAUAUAUGGAGAAUGUUGAUUUGGAUCUUGCGGCACCGAAAUUUGAUUUACAUGAUCUUCCGAAUUUUAUUCAUGCUGUUGGUCAAGGAGUUCCAAAGAGUACAUUAUAUUCAUUAUUGAUCCCAAUGUAUUUGAAUCUUGAAUUAAGUGAAUUAAGAAUGCAUUUACGUGAUUAUCCAAUUCCAUUAUUACAUGCUCCUCGAAAUAAAGAUAAAUCGAAUCCAAGUGUUAAGUUAAGAGGUCAUUUGAUAAUCACAGAUCAACUUCUACUGGCAAUGGAGAAUAUUAGAAAGAUAAAUGUCCAAUUAACACCCCAGCUAACGAAACAUAAUCAAGUGUCUCAUAAGUUUGAUUCCAUUAUAAUUGAAAAAGUAUUAUCAUCAGUUAAAUUAUAUACCGAUCUAGCAUGUCAUUUUGAUUCAGAUUAUCCUACUAGAUUCAUAUGGUGUACAUCAUAUAAUUUUGCCAUUCAACAACUUAUGCUUAAUUUUGAUCAAUUUUCCAAACCACCAAUAGAUCCAUCCAGAAAGCUUGGAUUUUGGGAUAAGAUAAAAUUAAUCCUUCAUGGGAAAUGUGUCAUUAAAACCAGACAGAGUUUAGAAAUCGGAUUCAAGGGUUCAAGAGAUCCAUAUGAUUUAUUCAAUAUUGCAACUGGGUUUGUAUUAUCAUUUAGAAAGAAUGUUGUGUGGACAAUUAAUAAAGAUGAUGAUCCAACUAGUCUUUUUGAUAUUAAUUCUGAUAAAGUGUCUUGGUAUAUUCCAAACUAUCUUGGCGCACCAUUGUUAUCAUGGACAAGAAAGAGUAGCAAAUCGGUAUAUAUGCCCGAUUCACCGAAUUUUAUAAGUAGUUGUUUUGCAUAUUAUUUAGAACCUACCAAUAAUGUGAAGAAGGUGGAUUUAGAUUAUGCGAGAAGGGUAUUUGCCAAGGAUGUUAUUAAUCUUAGUGGAGGAGUUCAUUUCCGAUUAGGGUUUUUGUUUCAGCGGAAAGAUAAAUCAGGUGAAAGAACUGAUCAAUUCAAGCCUCAUUAUGAAGUUUCAUUAUAUCAUCCUGAUUAUUGUGAACCGGGUCAUGAUUCUUAUGAAGGUUUCCGGAGUGAAUAUAUUCACAUGUCGUAUUCAUUGGAUGCUAGUAGUGAACAAAGUUAUAACACAAUUCACUUAACUCCAGGUGUUUUUACUCAAUAUUUCAGUUGGUGGGAUUUAUUUUCAAGUAAUAUGUUGAUUCCAGUUAGAAGAGGACCUAUGUUUGGAGAAACAAAACAAUCAAUUAAAUUCUCGCUGCAUUUAUGUACAAAUAAGUUUUCAUUUUAUUUGAAGUCAUUAUUUAUUUCUCAUGUCUAUCGUGAUGAAAUUAUUGAUUAUAAUGAUGAUAAAGUUGAAUGUAUUGGUAUUCGGGCCAAGAUGGAUUUAUUUUCAGUUGAUUUACAUCAAAGAAAAGAACCAAGAAUUGUAUUUCAUGAAGGAUUAUCAAAGAAUGAAAAUAUAACGAGAAUGAAUUUUAAUGUUGGUGAAGUCCAUUUAUGUGAAUUUGAUUUACGAGUUAUGAAUGCAACAUUUAUUCAAAAUUUACUUUCACAACAACAAAAUGAAUAUGAUGAUUCGAAAUCGAAAUAUGAUAUUUUUGAUAAUGAUAAACAUUGGUUUGAUAUUAAUGAUUACGAAGAAGCUUGUCUUCCAUCCAUAAAGAAUUGUGAUAGGACGGUGAAAGUUAUUCCAUUGAUGUAUUGUCGAAGGUUUUCAUAUGAAAGAGACACCCAUUCUAGUUCAAAUACAAGAUUAUUAAACCAUUAUGAUCAAUUUGGAGAUGAAGUUAUUCAUGAAUGUCGAUUAGGAAAAUUGGAUCCAUUUCAACCACAAGUUGAAGUUUUGAGAUAUAGAGUUGGGGUAUUGCUGAAACAAUUAAAGAGAAAUCAAAAGAAAGGUAAAGAUUCCCGAGAAUUGAUGGAAAGAAUUAAAUAUCUUAAUUCUGAGAUUAAAGAUUUGAAUGAUGAAUGGCAUGGAACUUGUCGGCGACAAUCCACGUUAUCACAAUUGGACAGACUUGAACGGUAUAAUAAUAAAUUUACCUUGUUUAGUAUGUUGUUGAAAUGGAAUUUUAAUUGUAGGAAUCUUGCAUUGAAAUAUAUCCAUUUUGUACAAUUGAAAGCAUCAGUUAGGAAAUUUGCAUCACAUGAAUCAAUAUCCAUGUUGGAAAAGAUUAUUGAUAAGAGUAAUCAAAUAUUAGAAAUGGAAAGUGCGUCACUUGCAUCAGAUGCCAUCAGUAGAUUGGCUAAAGCAGGUAGGUCAUCCGAUCAAUCAAGAAAGAAAGAAUCCACUUCUAAAGAACGAUUAGAGAAUUUUGAUAAUAUAUUAAGAGAAAAGAGAACAACUGAGGAUAUUUCAGAAGAUUAUUUAAUUGAACUUAUAUCCCCACAAAUCCAAUUAGAAAGUACCGAUUGUCCAGAUUCUGUUGUUUUGAUAUCUGCUCCUUCAAUUGAUAGCAAGAUUGUAUCCAUUAUUGAUAAAUACACCACAUCUGAAGUAUUAGAAGAAAGAAUUGGGGUCCUUUUCCGUGAUGCUAGUAUCUUCGUAUUGAAUAAAACUGAUGUUCUCAAUGCUGAUAAUAUCAUAACUUCGGAAACUUGCUAUGGAGCAAAAGGGAAAUGGCCACCUUGGUUAGGUUCUGAAAUCACCAAGAAUGCAAAAUGGGCAGGUGCAAACCAAUUAUUAGUUGAACAGCUAUCAGUUUCACUCUUUUAUACCGAAGUUCAAAUACUAGGAAAUCGAUUGGCUCAGAUUAAUGAUGUAACCUCACAUUUGUCAGUAUUGGAUCAGGGAAACACAAUUGAUGCUCAUGAAGAUAUAGAAGCACCCAAGAAACUUAGAAUUGAUGCACCUUCUGUGAUUGUCUCAUCUACGGCAAGUCAAUAUUUCACAUUGUAUGUGAUUAUCCUUAGUUUGUUGUUCUAUAAUGAACCAAUGAGUAAAGUGAUAGCUAAGAAGUUGGAGAAGUUACAUUUUUCAAUUGAUUUUCUGGAUUUGACUUCAAUGAGUGAGAAAUUGAUCCAAUUGCAGGAUUAUUAUAAGAUGUUGAAUUUGCUUUCUCAUAAUUUUAGUUUUAGACAAGGAGAACUUAAUAAUGAAGGGUUGAAUGAUUAUUUACUGCUUAAUGCUCAAAGAAGAGAAGUGGCUAGUGAUAUCUAUUUGCUAUUGAGGACUUUGUUAACUGGUGAGUAUGCUAAUGAUUCAUCGAAGGCAUUACAACGUUAUUGGUUAGUUAGAGCUGAUGAAGUUAUUUUACAUAUUUUAGAAGAUGAUAGAACUCCAAUUAUUGAUUUAGCAUUGGCAAGAGGAACUUACAAGAGGAAAGAACUUGAAGAUGGUUCAAAUAUCAAUAAACUUGAGAUUGGUAUUGUGCAAGGGUUUAAUCUUAUACCAAAGGCAAGAUAUCCAGAUUUCAUUCUGCCAUUUAAAUUUGAAGAAUCUUUAGGAAGUUUGAUAGAAGUUGAAUGGACUAUGAGAAGAUCAGUUGGUGGGAUUAAAGUUAUCCAAAAUAUUGAAAUUAACUCCUUACCGUUAAAUAUCAAAUUAGAUGAAACAACUGGUGAGAAGUUGAUGAAUUUUAUAUUUGGAUCAAAGGAAAGUCCAAUACUUGAGAUUACGCACGAUUCAAGAUCAAAGGCAUUACAGGAAGACAAAGAUGUUGCUGAAGGAGAAGAUGAUGAUAUAUUUGGAUUUGUUCAUCAGAAUAAAGAUAGUGAUAAAUCUGUUACAAUUGAUUCUAAGGGUAGUAAGAAAAAUAGUGGAUUAGGAUCAGCUUCUCAAUCAACAGAUACUGGCAGUGGUACUACUAAUGGUGAUCAAAUUCGGAAUGAUCAGAUUGAUACAAUGAUUGAGAGAUCUAAGAAAUUCUUUUCCGUGGUUUCUUUAUUAGUCCGGGCUACUUCAUUACAAAUAUCACUUAAACUUAAUAAAGGAUAUAAGAGAAUAUUAAACGUUCAAGAUUUACAAUUAGAUUUACGUGAGAUUCGUAUUCAACAUCAAAUAUUAUCAUUUUUAGAAAUGUCCAAAUUAAUUCAAAAGGAAAUCGUCAAGACUUUAUUAAAUCAUACUGGGAAACUAUUAUCUAAUAAACUUAGUGUAACUAAACGACUGUCAAAGGAAAUAUUAGCUUUACAAAUAAAACCAUUAAAGAAAUAUGCUAGAUUCACCAAAAUAUCAGAAUUACUUGACAGUGGCAAUGAAAGUCAAUAA